AUGCCGACAGUCAAAUGUUCUCAAUGUGGCAACGAGGUUGAAAUUUCUCUUAUGGGCGAACACAUCUGCCAGGCUGCAUCAAAACCAGAAUUGCCACCACAAGCAACGGCCCCAGAUGUGAUAACUGGCGCCUUUAGCUCACUAAAGCAGACGGUUUGGGGAUUUGGCAGCCGUGCCGCACCGCCGAGUGUUGAUACGUCUGCAGCCAAUGAGGCAUUUGCAAGACCGGAUCAAUUGACACCAGUAAGCGCUUCAACUGGAUCGAGAACUAUAUCGCCAAAGACACCCAGCGGACGUUUAGAAGGCGGUUCAAAUGGUGAUUACUUCUCGCCAACUAUUGCGGACGUAGCAUCACCGGGACAGAAUGGACGAUCCGGUGGUUAUGGCGGAUUUGGGGAGCCGCAACAAUAUGAGCCAGAACCGUUAUACUAUGGCGCCAAACCGAGGAAUCAGCCGCAGCAACCACAGGCUGCACCAAGCCUGCUGCAAAGGAUGAACACGAUCGCACCUGGGCCAUUUGAAUUGAACCGGCGCCCAGGCGGCAAGAAUGCAUUCGCACCCAAGACGGAACCAGCACUCAAAAACGAACCAGCACUCUCACAAAGUACUUAUGCUGAAGAUGCGGUAAACAACGGGUACGGGAUAGAGCGGCCGUCCACCGCUGCUUCAUACGCUUCCAACGGCAGCGGCGGUAUGGCGCCUCCUCGUGUGCCACGUAAGAAUGGAUACGGUGGUUUUGGUCCGCCUGAGCAAGACCAAAAUGAUGACUUUGAGCCCCGACCCCUAGCAACGACUCAAAGAUCGGAGACGUUUCCUAAGCAAGCCCAAAAUAGAUAUGAGGAUAUGCCGGCGCGCCCACCAUCCGCGCCGGGCCUGCGACAAGACCUUACUCCAAGACCUACGAACGAGAAUGCAGAUAGGCUGGUUGUGAGCAGGGAUCGUGAGCCCCGCCCUUCUGUCGUACGAGACACCUCUCGUGCGCCUCCGCCGCGUAAUAAGAGCCUGAUGCGUCCUGGCCGAAACCCCUCUGUUAACUUGGCAGAUGAGUUUGGUGCCGGCAAUCCGUAUCAUACUCCAUCGGGCUCGCAAUCAUCGAGCAAUUCUGGCUAUAGCACGUCACAGCCAAGUCAAGCCAGCUCAAGCUCAAGCCCUGCCCGUUCCAUGGGCUCCAGGCGGCAGCCAUCUAACACAUCAAACUUCGAUGCGUUAAUGAAUGAUUUGCAAUCGUCUAUGCAGUCGAUGAAGCCAGACUUCUCGGCGUCGCAGCCUCCGGCCAUGGAGAGGAGCGUCCCCUCAAUGGAACGUAGAGCGCGUCCUGAAGACUUGCGGUUCGACCCAGCAGUCCAGGGCGGCCCACGUGGUCCACGACCCAGGUCGCCACUGGCUUCGCCUCCGGAGUCGUACUCCGAUCGUAUAGACCCUGCUAUUCAAGGUGGCCGUAGCCGGUCACCAGCACCUGCUCACACGAGGCAACCGUCAAUGAGCCGGUCGCGGGGCAACUGUAAAGCCUGCAGGAUACCAAUUACUGGCAAGUCUAUCUCAUCAGCAGACGGACGGCUUACGGGCCGUUACCACAAGGCAUGCUUUGUGUGCACAACCUGUACAAGUCCAUUCACAUCAGCAGAAUUUUAUGUGCUUAAUGACAAGCCUUACGAUGCCCAGUGCUACCAUCGUUUGAACGGAAGCUUAUGCACUACCUGUGGUGUCGGUAUUGAAGGCCAGUAUUUGGAGGACGAGUCUGCCCAUAAACAUCAUCCAGGCUGCUUCUGUUGUGCCGACUGCCGCAGGCCUCUUCAGGACGGCUAUUUCGAAGUCAACGGUAAAGCCUAUUGUGAACGUGACGCUUGGAGACGCCUACAACAACAGCAACAACAACAACAAAAGCAACAACAACAAUCCGUCAUGGCACCUCCAUCUACACGUGGCGGCAUGAGGCCUCAAUAUGACAAUGGCCGCCUGGGUGUACCAGGUAGUAACCGACUUGCUCCUUCGGGGCUUGCUCCUCCGGGCAUGCCAAGGAUGGAGAAGAGAAUAACGAGGCUGGGAAUGUUCAUGUGAUCCGCCUUCGGAACUUGUACGACGAAACGAUCCGCAUUCCUUUUGUUCACUGAACAUGCUUGACCCGUUAGCAACUUUAAUUACCAUAUGCGAUCCUCGGUUGGGAGCAUAUUAUUGGUUUCAAGUGGAGUUUGGUGCUUUUUGACUUUGCGAUGCAUCGCAUUGCUUGCAUAUACCCACUGUUUUCCCUUUCGUUUUUAUACCCCCAUCCGAACGGGCCUUUGCAUUCUGCUUGCACACAUACCUCCAUGGUUCAAGGAGGACUUUUUAUCAUCACAUCGGGAGUGGGAGGCUGUAUUCAAUUAUCCAAGCCAUUCCAUGUAUGGAAACUAGGAGACGGGCAAAAAUUCUUGAUCUAAUUGGUGUAUAUGUUGUCACAAAGCUGGCUGCCGGAGAUACGCAUCUCCUCAGGUCUUCAUUCAUGGAAGUUGCGAAAACGCAACGUGAUCAUUGCUGGACUCCGCAGUCGUAUAGAAAUAAUCCAUAGUAUUACAAG